GCAUGACAUCGCCAUUUAGGCCUUGAGUUUGAGUACAAUUUUUGUGAAGGUUUGUCGGUCAUUGAUUUCGUCUUGUUUAGACGCCUAAGCAAAAGUCGCAACCAUGAUGCAGGGAUUAACAAUGAAGUCACUACGAAGUCACUAUUCAUUGAUUCCACUGUUCAUCUCAGUGGGAGCUGGAUCUGUGUUUGCCGCUUACUAUCUCGCCCGACUUGCUCUGAAGAACCCCGAUGCGACGUGGGACAAGAAGAAUAACCCAUACCCUUGGACAAGGAUCAAGCCAAAUGAGAACAUCAAGUUCUAUGCCCCAGGAGGUAUAGACUUUGCCAAGCUGAAGUCAAACCGACCUGAACUCUAAGACAUCUGGCCACCCACCCCUCGCGACUCAACGAUAUGAAAGAGCAAUAUUUCGAUGAGCCUGCCAACGGGAGAUGGCAGAUGCCGUGAAAAAAAAAUUUAAGGAUUUGUACAAAGAAAUAAUUUGUUUGACUAAUAAUAAUGAGCUCUUAAGAAUGGUUUGUGUUAGAGAAGUUUAAUUUUGGUUUUGAUUUUCAGUUUUGUGCUGUAAAGUUUUACAGUUAUACAUUGUACAAGAACAUCAUCAAAAUACAAUGAAGUUAAUUGGUAUAAUGCCCCCACAUCCUCCAAUAUUUAACCUCAGGGCCAAAGUUCACAGAGCUGCGAAGUGCAUAUUGUGCUGGGCAAAGAUUUGCAUAGCGAAAGGUGGUGAUGCUGGUGACCAGCCAAAAUGUCAUGCAUUCUGUAUACAGUAUUUCCUGUGACGGGUUCCCAGCUGAUGUUUGCUCUUCACAUAAAUUGGCUAGCUUCUGCUUAGCAGCUCUGUCAAAUUAGGCCCUGAUCACUUUGACUUAAUCCAGUUGACAGAGGCCCGAUGAUAGGCUUUUUAAAGGAGAAAGAACACUUUAUCAGCAUUUAUUGCAAGUGUUGGGGUUUAGAUGGAAGCAAGAUGUCUCCUAAUGCAUGUACUUCCUCAAACCUUCUGAUACAGCAUGCACAAUCUGCAACCCACUGUAGAAUGUGUUCUGAGAGUAUUUCUCUGCUCGUAAUGAUCUGUGCUAUUUACAAAGCAAUAUGGAUUGUUCUUUGAAUCUGACAAGGUGUUAGGAUGGAUAUUUCAAAAGCAUCAAAAUGUGGAAAUCACUCCACAAAAGAUUAGUAUUAGUCAACUUUCUUAGAAGCAUAUCCAGUUUAAAUUUCACCCACAAAGAUUUGCUGACAAAACACAUUACCUGUGACAGAAAAGUGAUAGACACAGAUGUUACAAUUUCCAUAUGAAGUAUUUUAGGUUUAUUUUUUAUUUCAAAGUUGUUGUUUUUUUAAUCCGAGCGCACAAACAUUUCUCUACAGGGCUGAAGUCCUUCUGUGAAGAUUAUGCAGUCUUCCUCUCAACAGUAUUCGCUUCACCCAGUUUUCCCGCGGAAGUAUUUUUAUAAUAUGCUGCAGAAAAUUGUUCUCAGUAUUUCAGAAAAUUGCACAAAUACGUGGAUUCCAUGUACCUGAGUCCUUCCCCCACAGGGUCAAAUUAAACAGUGUAAUUUAACGCACAAGCUUACAUUGGAUAUCAAAGCAGAACUACACACUUUUUUUGAAAGGGAUUUUUCUCUCCAGAACAAAUGAACAACCUGACCCUUCUAUGACCAUCAAAUCAUAACUCCUGCAUGCAUGUUAAUGACCCAAGUUCUUGAACUUAGUGCAGAGUGUACCGUAGACUUUGACACAGACUGAUGUUGAAAUAAAUUUGAAGAGCCAGUCAUUUUAGUUGUA